AUGGACCCGCAUCUCUACCAACACCCCUCGCCCCUCGAAGGCUACGAAAACCUCGAUCCACUAUCCAAGUAAGCCUACGCCUAGCCUCAAGCUCCUAGGAAUCCCUAUACCAACAGCCACACACAGCGACCGCAACCCCCAAGAUGGCAAAUCCCUCCUCAACCCAACCCCAACAACAACCCCUCCCAGCACCGCCUACCAGAAAUUCCCCAGCCCCAUCCACAACGGCCCCCUCGCCGCAGGCUUCGACAUCCACAUCUACUUCCUCCCCAGCAACCCCACAGAGCUAGCCUACGCCACGGCCCUGCACGAGCGCAUCCGGCGCGAAUUCCCCGAAUUGCGAAUCUACGAAUUGAAACCCCACCCCAUCGGCCCGCAUCCCGUCGGUAUGUUCGAGGUCAAUCUCUUCACGCCCGCGCAGUUCGGGGCUUUUGUGAGCUGGCUGGUCAUCUGGCGCGGUCCGCUGAGUGCGCUGAUUCAUCCGAAUACCGGGAGCAAUGAGAGGGAUCAUACCCAGAGGGCGACUUGGUAUGGUUGUCCCGUUUCCUUUGAAAAAUGGUGAGAUGUUCUUUUGUUUUGUUUUUUGCUGAUUGAUCGUGUAGGAUGGGUCAGCCGUACCCUCUACAGACCUGGAUGCUCCGCAAGCUAGAUGAAAAGAAUAGACAGGAAGCGACCAAGGGCAACGGGACAUCAGCCUUCUGA